AUGCCAUCGGGAGGAUGCUUCUGUGAUGCGAUCCGCAUAAGCUACACCGGCGAACCAGAUGCUCAUGUUCUAUGCCAUUGCAAGGAUUGUCACAAGAUUAGUGGCGCGACGUAUAGUAACAAUCUCGUGCUACCAGAGGGGCAAUUCAAGCUUGAAUCGGGUAAACCCAAAACCAUCACCAAAACAGCCGACUCCGGCAAGAAAAUCACCUCUCACUUCUGUGGUGAUUGCGGUACCACUCUAUACCGAACUGGCGACACUUUUGCCAACCAGGUUAUUCUCAAAGCUGGUGUUCUGGACGAUGAGAAUUGGGCAAAUGAGAAUGUUCCCAAGGGCGAGUUGUAUGCUGGAGGAAGGGUAAAGUGGGUUUCUGCUAUCCCUGGUGCUGCCCAGAUUGAUAAAAUGCCUUCAUAA